GCCGGCGUACCCACGUGGCGGUGGCCCCGCUUGGCCUUAUGGGUGCCCACGCCGACCAAGGCCAUGGGGUUGGAACGGCCGAUGGGUUCGGCUUGGGUGCCCAGCCUCCAGGACCCUCUGGGCAGGACUCGCCACCUGCCCCCGGCCUUCUCGGGGGCCACUGAAGCCUCCUUGGUGGAGAAGGGCCCUUCUCGGCUCCUGGCGCUCAGCGCUGUCUCUCUUGCUCUCUCUCAGUCAGAUUCCGAAGAAGAGGAGCCGGCCAAGAAGCAACCUGCCGCCCAGGGCCACAGCGAGGGCAGCAGCCUGUCGGCGCUGCUUCCCCAGCCGAAGAACCUGACGGUGAAGGAGACCAACCGGCCGCUCCUGCCCUACGUCUUUUCCCGGAAAGCGGCUGAGAACUCUGCUGGGGCCAAAGGUCCGGCCUCCUCCUCUUCCUCAGCCUCUCUCAAGAAGCCGCUGCUCCAGCCGGCCUCUGCUGCUGCUGUCACCACCACCCCUUCCCCGUCGGCCAUCAAGGCGGCGGCCAAAAAUGCCGCCCUGCAGGUGACCAAGCAGAUCACGCAGGAGGAGAACGACAGCGACGAGGAGGUGGCCCCCGAGAACUAUUUCUCCCUCCCCGAGCGGAGGGAGCCCCCUGCCCUCACCCCGCCGUCCUAUGUCUUCCCGGGCCCCACAGUGCCCGACGAUCUGCCCCCAGGAACGGAGCCGGAAGGCCAGGAUGUGGCUGGCGCUAAUGCCCCACUGGAGUUCAAGACAGGCGCCCAUCCCGCCUCCCACGGCUGGGCCCCGAAGCCAGGUGAAGACUACAGCAGCAGGCCCUUCGCGGCCCCCUAUCCCGGUUACGGCGGUGCUGGUGGCCCGGCGGCCUACUUUCAGCAGGACUACUACAGCAGCGGCUACUACCAGCAGACGGAGCCGGCCCUGGGGCCACUACAGGAAGUGAGCCCUGCCGCCGAUGCUGCCGCCUCCUCCUCCUCUUCUUCCUCCUCUUCCUCCUCCUCCUCCUUCAUGGAUGAUGAAGCGUUCAAGCGCCUGCAAGGGAAGCGCAACCGGGGGCGGGAGGAGGUCAACUUUGUGGAGAUCAAGGGGGACGACCAGCUGAGCGGCGCCCAGCAGUGGCUGACCAAGUCCCUGACGGAGGAGCAGAACAUGAAGUCCUUCAGCAAGAAAAAAGGGGAGCAGCCGACGGGGCAGCAGCGGAGGAAGCACCAGAUCACCUACCUGAUCCACCAGGCGAAAGAACGUGAGCUGGAGCUGAAGAACACGUGGGCUGAGAACAAGCUGAGUCGGCGGCAGACGCAGGCCAAGUACGGAUUCUAGGAUUCCUCCUCCUUCCUCCUCCUGGCCCCGGCUGCUGCCGCCGCCGCCGCCACCACCACCACCACCA